AUGCAGUCUCUCUCACGCCUCCGAUUAACCAGCGGCAUCGCGCCUGGGCGAUUCCACACGCGUCCUGCCCUCCGAGCCCUCUCACCAGUCCACACCCUAACCCGCCUCGCAAGCACCUCAACACGCAAGCUCGAUCUCCCAGCCCUUGACAAAAAAUGGCACGCGAAAUGGGAAAGCGACAAAGCCGUGCAGCGUCUAACACCCGAACCGACACAGAACCCCAAGUCCUACAUUCUGUCCAUGUUCCCUUACCCGUCUGGCACGCUGCACAUGGGUCACCUACGUGUAUACACGAUUUCAGAUGUCAUCUCGCGAUUUUACAAAAUGCGCGGACAUGAUGUGCUCCAUCCUAUGGGGUGGGAUGCCUUUGGACUACCGGCGGAGAAUGCGGCGAUUGAGAGGGGUGUAGACCCUGCGGUUUGGACGCAAGAGAAUAUUAAGAAAAUGAAGGAGCAAUUGAGGUGUAUCUCGGCGGAGUUUGAUUGGGAUCGCGAAUUGGCUACAUGUUCGCCGCAGUUCUAUGAACAUACUCAGCGCAUCUUUCUGAUGUUGUACCAAAAGGGCCUGGCGUACCAGGCUGAAGCGCUGGUCAAUUAUGAUCCCAUCGAUAAGACGGUCUUGGCAAAUGAGCAGGUUGAUGCCAAUGGAUUCUCAUGGAGGUCUGGCGCUAAAGUCGAGAAAUUGAAUCUGAAACAGUGGUUCUUUAAGAUCACUGAAUUCAAGGAGGCGCUUCUGAAAGACCUCGAUUCUCUUGCUGGAGGAUGGCCGGAACGUGUACUGAUGAUGCAACGGAAUUGGCUGGGAAAAUCAUAUGGUGCGAAAGUCACAUUCCCGGUUACUAUCAAAGGCGCAGAAGAUGCACAAUUCGAUGUGAAUGUGUUCACUACCCGGCCAGACACUUUAUAUGGCGUGGAGUAUCUGGCACUCUCCCUGAAUCAUCCUAUCGUGCUAAAGGCUGCCGAAAAGGACGAGUCACUUCGCAAAUUCCUGAGUGAUGCUUCAUCGUUUGCCCCGGAUUCCAAAGCUGGAUAUCGGCUGUCCGGUGUUGAAGUAUCUCACCCGUUAUGCAAGAUCGACACAGAAACCAGCCAUUUGCAGAGGAAGCUUCCUGUCUUUGCGGCACCCUACGUUCUCAGCGACUAUGGCGAGGGUGCGGUGAUGGGCGUCCCGGGCCAUGACACCAGGGACAUGUCGUUCUUCAAGGAGAACGUUGACUCUGACUCAAUCCCUAUUGUGAUCGAGGCCAAGCCAACAGGAAAAGAGGAAGACAGCAGUGCUGUCCCGACGCCAGAAACAAAGGCUUUCACUCAAGAGGGCUUCUUGACCUCGCGCUGCGGGAAGUAUCAAGGGCUGCACUCCAAAGAGGCAUCCAAACGCAUCGUGAAUGACCUGGGACAGGUUGGCCAGGCUGAAUUCGUCGAGAGCUGGCGUCUACGGGAUUGGUUGAUCAGUCGCCAGCGAUACUGGGGCACGCCAAUUCCCAUCAUUCACUGCGGGGACUGUGGGCCUGUGCCGGUACCCACCGAGGAUCUUCCAGUCACACUGCCGAAGAUCGAGGGAGACUGGCUCAAGGGAAAGAAGGGUAAUCCUCUGGAGUCCUCGGAGGAAUGGCUCCACACACAAUGCCCCAGUUGCAAUGGUCCUGCCCGACGCGACACGGAUACCAUGGAUACUUUUGUUGAUUCAUCCUGGUAUUUCUUGCGUUUCUUAGACCCUGCUAAUAAAAAAGCGCCGUUCUCCCCUGCAGUGAUGCAGCCGGUAGAUGUCUAUAUUGGUGGCGUCGAGCAUGCCAUUUUGCAUCUCCUCUACGCUCGAUUCAUCUACAAGUUCCUCUCUCAGUCUGAGCUGUCACCAGCCGACUCUGCUGCCAUAUCAGAACCAUUCAAAGUGCUACUCAGCCAGGGAAUGGUACACGGAAAAACCCUCAGCGAGCCCUCAACCGGUCGCUUCCUUCUCCCGUCAGAAGUCGAUCUGACCAAUCCAGAGAAGCCUUUGAUCAAGGGAACCAAAGUCACACCGAAUGUUUCCUUCGAGAAAAUGUCAAAGAGCAAGUACAACGGCGUGGACCCUACGCUUACCACAUCCAAAUACGGUGCCGAUGCCACUCGCGCGCACAUCCUCUUCUCCGCUCCAGUCAGCGAAGUGUUAGAAUGGGAUGAAACCAAAAUCGUCGGCGUAGAACGCUGGUUCGGUCGACUCUGGAAAUUAGUCCAAGACACCCAGCAAUCCCUGUCAGAGACAUCAUUCUCCAUCUCAGCAGAAGAUCUAAACUCCCCCACCACCCACGCCGCUCCCCUCCCUGCAUCCCUCCAGGACCUAAGCAACUCCGAUGCCGACGCCAUCCUGGCCACCCACAACACCAUCGCAUCCGUUACCACCUGCAUCGAAAGCAACCCAUAUGCCCUGAACACCGUCAUUUCAGACCUAAUCAAGCUGACCAACGCCCUGGCCUCAGCCCCCGCCACAUCCCCUCUCAUCCUAUACCUAACCCUCUCAUCUCUCCUCCGUCUGCUAGCCCCCAUCGCCCCGGCUCUUGCCUCGGAAUCAUGGGAGCUUCUGCACACCACAACGUCACCGGUGCCUUCCAUCCUCUCAUUCCCCUGGCCCAACAACCUCCUUACCCCGGAGCAAGCUGAGACCCUCUCAUCUCGCAGCGGCCAAACUAUCGCCGUUCAGAUUAAUGGGAAGCUCCGCUGUGCGGUUACGAUUCCGCGCAUAGAGGCGGCUACAUCGCCGAAGGAAGAACAGGAGUGGAUUGUUAGUCGGGUGCUGGAGACUGCUGAGGGCAGGUCGUGGCUUUGUGAGAAGAAUGAUUGGGAGAAGAGACGACGGGUUAUUGUUGUCAAGGGGAAACUUGUGAAUGUUGUGUUUUGA